AUGUCGCUCGUUCCAUAUCAUCCGCGCGAGGGACGCGAGGUCGUUCUCCGCCACCACAACGCCAUCGUCGUCCGCGACCCCUCCUCCCAGCGCCUCGAGCUUCGCGGCCUUGAACUCCACGAAUGUCCGACCUGCCAUCAGCCCCUGCGACGCUCGUCGUCCCCCAACCGCCAUCAUUUCGAUACCCCCGGCCAUGGCGACACGUAUGUGGACCCCAACUACUUCCGCAUGCUGCGCGCGGGCUACCUGGCCCAGGAACCGAACCGCAGCACGCCCUCGAGUCCGAUUCGCCGGCUAGUCGAGCCCCUGCCCGGCGUAGAACACGACGAGGGCGAAACCGAAGCAGAAAUUCCCCCCAGUGCCCCGUCUAGUGCUGGAAUUCCUCACCCACAACGCGGUCGCAUCCGUCGCGAGGCCUUCACACCAGGCUACUUCAAUACCUUCUUCAUCGAAGAAAAGGAGCUCGGCCGCGGAGGCAAGGGUGUUGUGCUCCUAGUCCGGCAUGAAAUUGACGGCUGUAACCUCGGACACUUCGCGUGCAAACGCGUCCCCGUUGGCGACGACCACGCCUGGCUGGAAAAGGUGCUCGUUGAGGUCGAGCUACUGGCCAAGCUGUCGCAUCCCAAUCUUGUGUCGUAUCGCCACGUCUGGCUGGAGGAUGUGCAGCUUAAUCGGUUUGGACCGAGUGUCGCGUGCGCGUUUAUCCUGCAGCAGUACUGCAAUGGGGGCGAUUUAUUGCGGUAUAUAGUCGGGGAUAAGCCGAAGGAGGCGACGAAGGAGGAGCUGAAGGAGCAGAUGCGACGCAGGUCUAGGGGGCAGUUGGAUCAGCCGAGGACGCAGAAGCGGCUGUCGCCGGCGGAGAUUUACUCGCUGUUUAAGGAUAUCACGUCUGGUCUGGCGUAUCUCCAUGGGGCGAACUACAUCCACCGCGACCUCAAGCCGAGCAACUGCCUUCUUCACAAGGACGGCUCACACCUGAAAUGCCUGAUUAGUGAGUUUGGCGAGGUCCAGGCCGAGAACGUGAUGCGAAAGUCGACCGGGUCGACGGGCACAAUUUCAUUCUGCGCGCCCGAGGUGCUCAAGAAGGACGCGACUGGCCGAUACGGCAACUUCACUACCAAAUCCGACAUCUUCAGUCUAGGCCUGAUCCUCUACUUUAUGUGCUUCGGCCGCCUCCCAUACGACAACGCGAACGUGGUCAACGAGGAGCUCGAAGAUAUUGACCAGCUGCGCGACGAGAUCACGCGCUGGAAGGGGUUUCGGGAGGAGAGGCGAGAGCGGCCUGAUCUGCCGUCGAGCUUGUACCAGUUGUUGAAACGGUUGCUUGCGCUGAACCCGGCGGAGAGGCCGACGGCGCAGGAGGUGCUGGAGAGCCUAGAUAAUGUGGUCAGGCCGAAGAAUGUCGGUCCGCCAAUCGGGCUUGGCUUGUCUAGCGGGAGGGUGCAGAAUCUAGAUUCUCCGGUAAGGCCGGUUGCGCCGGUGCCUGAACCAUCCAAACGUCCCCGAUCCUCCUCCUCCUUCCCCUCCGACGACGACGAUCCCGACGUUACCUCACCAACCGCCCCACACCCCAACCACAGUGGCCACUCCAACUCCCUCACCCUCGCCCGCGCCCCCCUCCUCAACCCCCCCCCUUCCAACCGCCCGGGACAUCUUUCACCCUCAUCCAAUCUAGCUCAUCUCCCGGUCCCCUCAACCCCGCCAUCCCCAUCCCCUUCGCACCGCUCCCGACCGAUCUCAAGGCAAGGAAGUAGGACACCUUCCCCUACGACACAGGCGACGUUAACCACCCCACUGCUAAUGCCCCCCCCCGCAACGGGGUUCGCACGCGUCAGAGAGAGGGCAUCGGAGUGGGUUGAACAACCGGGCCUCGGUUCCGUGCUGAGGUUUGGAUUAUUUGUGGGGAAGAUGGUCUCGCUUUGGGGCGCGUGUUGGCCGUAUAGUGUAGAGGGAAGGGUUUUUGUUGUUGGGGUGUUGUUGGCGGGGUGGGAUGUUGUUGAUUUCGCAAAUCCUGUUCCUGGUCCGGAGAGGAGUAGGGUUAAUAGGCAGAGAGGGGUAAAUGGGACGGAAGGAAGAGGGAGGAGAGAUGGGGUUGACAUUGCGGAGUGGCUGUUGAAAGCGAGUUGGAGGAGGAGUUUGGUGUUGUUGAUUGUGCAUUGUGCGGUGUUGGGGUGGGUUUGGGUGGGUAAUGAGGAGGUUUGUGCUGCGCAGGUGAGGGCAUAG